AUGUCUGAAGACCACAACCGUGCCGCGACAGGCUCAUCUGGACCAGGCAAUGCCGCUUCUUUCCCUCUGGCAGCACAGAUCUCAUUAAAGGAAUUCGAGUUCCCCGACUUCCCUCCCCAAGCGUCGCGUCUACGACAGCUCACUCUGACCGCGGACAUCAAGCUGGACGAAUACCAGGGUAAAGUGCAAGUCCCGUCCGACGCCAUCACCACGCAACCGCCAUUACCAGAUCUGCCGCAGUCCAUCACCCAUCUCAGUCUGGAACUAUUCGGGCUCGGGUUCCCCGGCAAACCUCCGUUCCUAGGCCGACUGGCCAGAGCCCUGCCGAACAUCACGACAUUGACCUUCUUCAGCUGUCUGAUUGAUGGGUUGGACGACGCUUCACGUAAAGACGCGGAAGCGUUCUUCCGGCUGCUGCCGAAUCUGCAAGAAUUGCAUCUCAUCGAUUCGUUCGCGAGACCUGGUUUCUUCAAGGCGAUAGGAGAGAUCUUUGAGAAACGGUCGAAUGGAGGGAAAAGUGAAAAUGAAGGUAAAGGUGAAGAUGAAAGUGAAGGUGACCCUAAAGGCGGAAGUGGAGGUCAAAGUCCAGGUGGACUAAAGAUGGUCGAUGUCAGCUACACGUUCCGCGGCCACGAAGACAGCGAUUUCCUCGCGCGAGUCCAGGGCGAGGAAUUACCCAAUUUGAUCGUCAAAGGCGUCGUCGGCGCCAGCUUUGACUUUGUCCCUGAAGUCGUGGAUCAGCUGGCCGGAGACGAUGAAGGCGGUGCUGGAGCAGGAAACGGGAAAAAAGAUACAGAUAACAAAAAAGUUGCCGAAGGAAUCCUGCCAUUCGCCAGCGACGGCCGCGCUCCAGCAGCGCUGAAGAAGAGAUUCGAGACUCUCAGCUCCGGAGGCCUUCAGAGUCUGAAAGUCCUCAAUCUGGGAAUGUGGUCGCUCCGGCCUGCUGAGGUAGGGCAGGUUCUUUAUGCUUGUGCUGGAGGAGGAGGUGGUGGUGGUCAGACCGGCUUGGCCGAUGUGACUGUCAGCGUUCUCCUCGAGGAGAACUGGAUGGAAACGUUCAUCGAGGGGUUCGGACGCAAAGACGUCGUCGUCGUGCCCGACCUGGAGGGGAUAGAGGUCGUCGGCGUCCCGGACAGACCUGGAGUGGAGGGAGAUGACUGGAAACACGGUCUUGCUCUGGCGACACGGUCGGACGUCGAGAAGCUGAACGACGUUUGUCCCAGACUGGGCAAGUUCGGCAUGUCGCUGCUCAAGGUCAGGAGUGCGCCGCACGUGCUGUUUUUCAAGGAGCAGGAGUCUUGGGUUGAGCAGUAA